UCCCCACUUGUGUCUUUUAUGUAAACACCAUGAACACAAUAUGACAACACUAUAGAGCAAACACCCAAUUACCUUUCCCCCUCGUUAUCUCUAUAUAUGUAUUUAUUAAAAACAAGAAAAAGAAACCCACAAAUCGUAUCAUUCACUUGAAACGUUUUCUCGCAAAAGUGAAAGCGGAUAGUUGAUUGGGAGCUAACCCAUUAAGGGAGCAGAGCAAAGCACCCAAAAAGGGGAAGAAGAAAGCAAGGAAGUUGAUAGCCAAGCUUGCUAGCAAUAGGCUAUAUAGCAUUAGAAUUUAGAGAAUUAAAAUGGCAGCCAAGAUUCCAGUGAGGUUUCAGAGAGUAGCAGCGGCUUUCGAUGAGGUGGCGCGGGUGAGGCUCUGUGAGAGCAGUGGAAGCGAGCACUCGGCGGCGGCGGAGAGCUUUUCGGAUUUAUCGGCUCUUGUCAACUCUUUCAUUGAAAGAGGAGAUUUCAGAGGAGAAGGGGAUGCCCGUAAAGACAUAAACAAUAAGGAGCAGUUGAUGGAGGAAGAGUCGGAGGGUUAUUGGUCUGAUUCAGAGACCAAGAAUACCCUGCAAAGCCUGCUUGAUAAAAGUGACGAGGAUGAUGACGAUGAUGUGAAGCAGAGGAUUUUUGCUGAGGUUGAAGUCGCAGUUGGAGGGGCUACUGGGGACAGGUCGUCCCCGGGGUUCAAGCGAAAGUUGAUGGCUCAUUUGCGCGAGAAGGGUUUCGAUGCUGGACUGUGCAAAUCAAAGUGGGUGAAAUCCAGCCGGUUCCCAGCGGGGGAAUAUGAAUUUGUAGAUGUCCAUGUCAAAGGGACUCGUUACAUUGUUGAACCAUUCUUCGUGGUAGAAUUCGAAAUCGCUCGUCCCACGAGUCAAUACGAAGCGUUGCUUAGUGUCUUCCCGACGACAUUCGUCGUACAAGUUGAGGAGCUGAAGAAAAUUGUGAGGCUCAUGUGCACCGCCAUCAAAAAGUCGAUGAAGAGCGUGGACAUGCCAAUGCCACCAUGGAGGAGAAAUGGGUACAUGCAAUCCAAAUGGUUAGGCUCCUACAAGCGCACAACAAAUGCAGUUCCAGCCAAGGAGUUGGAACACAAUGAGAGUGUUGGUCUAAAGAGAUCAACGGGGUUUGAGGCUUUGACUACAAAGGCUUAUUAUUGCAGAGAUGCCUUUGCUAGCAAGAACGGGUUAAGAGUUGGGCAUUUAACUGCUGCGUUUCAGGGCAUCUGAGCAUUCGUUUUGUCCUGUUUUAGUUUGGUAAUAUAAAUUUUGAGAUUGUGAUUUUUUUGGCUACCCCUUGGGUAGUAAUUUUGGAAACCAUCUGGGUUUUGAUUAAAACA